UGACAGAAACUGUGAAAUGACUUUGAAAUUUGAUUGAACUUCUGUCAGAACUCGAUGUCAACGUAAAAACAUUAAGUUUAUAAACGUGAUAUGACAACUUUUUAUCCGUUUCACGGUAUCCCGGUGCUACCCCAUUAUUGUUUUAAAAGAUCCAUAUAAUAAUUAGGUAAACAAUGGCUAUACCUGAUUAUAAGUUAAGCGCUAUUUUAAAUGGACACUCUAUGGACGUUCGAAGCGUGGCUGCAACAAAAGAAUUCUGCAUAUUGUCCGCUUCAAGAGACAGAACAGCAAAACUUUGGCAUCCCGAAGGUGUUAAAGAGUUCGUGAAUGUCAUAACUUAUAAAGGGCACAGGAAUUUCGUAUCAUGUAUCUGCUGGGUUCCUCCGUGUGUAUCCUUUCCUGAAGGUCUCGUGGUGACCGGCAGUAAUGACAACACAAUACUCGGAUACAAUCUACAAGACGGGACAGUUCUCUUGACGCUAGAAGGACACGAGAACGCCGUUUGUAGUGUCUCACCUGGCAGGGAUUCUGGGAUUUUAUUGAGUUCAAGUUGGGAUAGCACAGCCAAAUUAUGGAAUAUAAACAAUCCACAAUCGUCUCCGAUAUCUUUUAAUGGUCAUCAAGCAGCUGUCUGGGCAGUUGUGGAACUAUGUGAUGGGACAAUAGCUACCGCAUCAGCGGACAAAUCAAUCAAAUUGUGGAAAAAAAACCAUGAACUUAAAACCACUUUAACAGGACACACGGAUUGUGUUAGAGAUCUUGCUGUAGCAAGUAUAGAAACAUUUUUGAGCUGUUCCAAUGAUGCAUCAAUUAAACUUUGGUCUAACAAUGGACAGUGUCUCAACACAUUUUAUGGCCACUCAAAUUACAUAUACAGUAUAAGCAUCAAUCCUGCUGUGCAAAAUGGUUUCGCGACUAGCGGAGAAGGAGGUAGUGUGCGUCUAUGGACUGGAGGUGACUGCAUAAGGGAAAUACGGCUUCCGGUGCAAUCUGUGUGGAGUGUUACUUGUUUGGAAAAUGGAGAUAUUGUAACUGGUUCGAGUGACGGGGUUAUACGAGUUUUUACAAAAGAUCCAGCUCGUUUCGCAGAUGAAGAAACAAUUAAAAACUUUGAAGAGGAAGUGGAGAAAAUACAGGCCUCCUCAGAACAAGAAAUUGGUGGAUUCAAAGUGUCCGAGUUACCGGGUCCGGAAGUGCUACUGGAGCCCGGCAAGUCCGACGGCCAGACGAAGCUGGUGCGGAGAGGCGCCGCGGUCAAGUGCUACUCGUGGAGCGUCGCCGAGAACACGUGGAACGAGAUAGGCGACGUCAUGGGAGCCAACCCCGCCAGCGAGGGGAAGACCAUGUACCAGGGGAAGGAAUACGACUUCGUAUUUAGCGUCGACAUCAAAGACGGAGCCCCGCCUAUUAAGCUUCCGUACAACAAGACCGAGGACCCCUGGGCGGCGGCGCAAGCCUUCAUCCACAGAAAUGACCUGCCGCAGGGGUACUUGGAGCAAGUAGCCAACUUCAUAAUAACGAAUGCGAAAUUAGAUUCACUUCCAGCUUCCAGUAACGGCUUCGCAGAUCCUCUGACGGGAGAGUCCCGGUACGUGCCGGGCUCCGGGACCGCGGUCCCCGGCCUCCCGCCCCCCUCGUCCCGCGACCCCUUCACCGGCUCCGGCGCUUACGUCACGCAGGCUGCCAUAUCUACAGAGAAACCUUUUGUGCCGCACGACUCUUAUAUCAGAUUUGAUCAGGCGAAUAUAAAGGCAAUAUACGAUAAACUAAGAGAAUUCAACAGUAAAGUCGGCGACGGCCAUAACCCGUUAUCGGACGAGCAGCUACAGAACGUUGUUAAAUUAGGAGAACUGAACAGCACUCACGAUCCUGAAACGUUAACGUUAUUGAAGAAAAUGCUGGAAUGGCCGAAAGAGAUAUUGUUCCCGGUACUGGAUGUAACAAGGCUGGCUGUCCGGAACAAACAGAUCAACGCACAGAUGUUCGACACUAAAUACGGACCGAACUUUGUCCAGUAUCUGCUCACAUUGUUGGCGCCAGACAACCUACCGGCAAACAUAAUGUUGACAAUGCGAGUGCUGGUGAAUGCGUUCAGCGACCUCCCCGGAGAGAUGCUGGUGCUGGCCGCCAGGGAAACCGUUAUGCAUUCACUCAUAUGCCUCACACAACUCAAUAACAACACUCAGGUAGCGGCGUGUUCCUUGCUACUGAACCUGUCGGUCGCCCUCGCCCAGCAGCCGGACAGCGUGGAGCUCGCCGAGUGCGUGCUUCAGCUCCUCAACAAGAUCACAGAUAACGAAGCGUAUUUCAGAGGGUUGGUAGCCCUGGGAACUCUUUUAGCGGAAUCUCCAAAUAAAAUUCAACUACAAUCAAAAAUAGUAUCGCAUACGCAGAUACACAGCAGGUUGAAAAGGGACAGCACUACAAAUCCAAGUGACGCCACCUUGAGGAAAAUUUCUAUCUGCUCCCAACAAGUACUUAGGCUUUUAUAAAACAUGACUGGUUUUAAAUAUAAGACUGUUAUUUAAUAUCAUGCUGUCUUCGUUUUAUCCUAUAUAGCAAUAAUUGUUGUGUACAUUAUUUUUAUAAAUCCAUUCAUUAACUAAAGAAAUAGCUGCACAAUUAAAUUUUUUAAAGAACGAGAUUGUUAUAAAUUAAACACAGUUAUUUAAUGAAAUGUGUAUUUUUCAUAUGUCGAGUUUCACAGAUACUAUGCUUGUGAAUAAACGAUUUUUCUUUUUUUUUUGUAAUAUUUGAAUUAAUAUAAAUUGUAAUAAAAAUAACAAAA